CAUGAACAAUAUUAAAUUCAACAACAGCGCGAGCAUUGGUCAAUGCGUACGUAGUUGUGUGUGAAGACAAACUUUUAUUUCCAAACGGAACAGUGUUUUAGUUUCCUCUCUUCAAUUACACACCGAUAUUCAAAUAUACCAAAAAAAAAAACAACCUAAGCGAAGAGAAAAAGUUUUUGUUGUUCUUCUUCGUUCAUUUUAUUUUGUCAAAAAUCGAGAAAUCACGUUUAUUUGAAGCCUACAGGCAUCCGUCAAUAAAUCGUGUUUAUUCAAAGAAAUAUUAUCAAAUAAUAGCACGCAUAAAAUUCGGUUCUGUGCUGUACAAUAAAUUAAUAACAAGAAAUUAUCAUCGUUAGCCGAAUAACAAAAAAAAACAUUUCCAACAACACAAUAUUUUAUCGGCACAUCGGGGCAUUUGUGAAGUGCUGAACAGAAACAGAAGUUAAGACAUUCUGCCACAAAGACAGAUUCAACAGCGAAAACAAACAAAAGCAAUUUUGCGCGAGAAUUUAAAAAGACAGCUCGAUUACUAAAUCGAAUUCAAUUCCAAGCGAAAGAAGAAGUGGAAAAAACGCCGAAUUCAUCACACAAAAAUGGAGAAAAGAAUAGAAUUGGAAAAACGCGGCCGACCAGCAAAUCAGAUUACCGAGCUGAAUUUAGAUAACUGUCGUAGUACAAAUAUCGUUGGUCUUACCGAUGAGUUCACAGCAUUAGAAUCAUUGAGUUUGAUUAAUGUUGGUUUGACGUCAUUAAAAGGUUUUCCAAAAUUACCAAAUUUGAAAAAAUUGGAAUUAUCCGACAACAGAAUUUCAAAUGGUUUGAACAAUUUAAGUGCUAGCACAAAACUGACACAUUUGAAUUUAUCGGGAAAUAAAAUCAAAGACUUGGAAGAAUUAAAACCAUUGGAUAAUUUCAAGGAGCUCGAAGUGCUAGAUUUGUUCAAUAAUGAGGCAACCACAAUCGAUUCAUAUCGACAGAAAAUUUUCGCCAUGAUUCCGUCACUUGUCUAUUUGGAUGGAUUUGAUGUAAACGAUGUUGAAGCUGUUUCCGAUGGCGAAGACGAUGAAGAGGUCAACGGAAAUGAUUCCGAUGAAGAUGGCGUCGAAGACUAUUCGAAGCCGUUUUGUAUAAAUGGCCUGGAAAUUGAUUUAACUGAACUAGAAUUAUACGAAAAAGAAUUAGUCGAAAAGCGAAAACAACGGACCGAAAUGAAUCCAUCAACAGCGGAAACAUCGACAACGUCAAACGACAAUGCAACUGUUGAUGAAAUCGAUGAAUAUUUAGAUCGAUUGGCGCUCGAUCUUCGAGCCAACAACGAUGAAUCCAUAUCAACAAACCGCCAACCAAGCGAUAAUAAUUUAGAAAAAUCACUUCCAAGUGGAUCGAAAUCAUGUUCAGAAUCAAAUCAAUCUAGUCAUACCACAGAUAAUAACGUGGCCACCGUUGUGUCAAAUAAAAAUGCCGCACAAAUUUCAACACCAUUUCCAUUGUUGCUGUUUGGCUUCUUGAGCAUCCUAGCAAUCGUGAAUUCAAUCCAUUUUUCAAAAAAUGCGAAUGAAGGCGAAGACGAUGACGAUCCAGAGGAAUUCGACGACGACGAUGAAAGUGAAGAAAAUGGCGGUUUGGCCGAUGUUUAUAACGAUGACCUCGAAAAUGAUGACAAUGAUGAUGACUUUGAAGCUGACGAAAAUGAAGACUCUGAUGGAGAUUCCGAUUUGGCCGAAGAAGAAGAAGGUGAAGACGAAGAAGAAUCACCAGCUCGGGGAACCAAAAGAAAGCAUGAAGGCGAAGAAGACGACAACGAUGGUUAAUUCAUUUGAAAAUACGAUCGUAUCUAUUCUUUUUACACAAUGAUACACACAAUUUAACAAUUAUAACUCUAAAAAAAGAAGAAAAAAAAAUGAUGAAAAAACCCUACACCCAUAUAAAUAAAUAUUAACACACAUGAAAACAGAACAGAUUACAAAAAAACACAGAGAGAGAAAAUUCAAAGUGAACAGUAAAACACAUCUGUAUAAUUUAAGUAAAAAAAAUAAUUAAAAAUAAGUAAAAGGUCCAACUGUGGAAAAUUAUGAAGAGAAAACAAACAAACAAAAAUCAAGAAAUUAAAUUUAACUGUAACGGAAUCAAAAGUUGCCUGGUCGAAUGUACUGUUAGGUUUUUCUUUUCUUUUCUCAUCAUUUUUUCUUUUUUUUUUUGCAAAAUGGCAUUUGUUUAUCGUUGAUUUCAGUCUCUUCCUCUUGGUUGUGUGUGUAUGAUUUAAAAAAAAACCAAUAAAAAAUCAGGAUUUUCCGAAAUCAUUUUCAACGGAUUCAUUUUACCCAUCUUCAAUGCUAAAGAAAAAGAAAUUGUGUCGUCGUUAGUUAAGUCUACAAAAAAUAUCGACUAUUUGUUUACAAUUGCAAAGUUCUAUUCAAUGCGCGGAAAAUUUAUUGCAUGUGCAUUACUUAAAAUAUUUUAUUAAAAGAAAAGCAGCAACAACAACAACAACAGCAAAACAAGAAACAUCAUUCUACUCUCUCUUUUAAAAGAUGAUCCAUAUUGUUUGGAAAAACCAUAAAAAAAAUAUUUUAUUGUUAACAUUAAAUAAUCGAGCAAUAAAUAAAACAACCAUCGCAUGAGCGCAACAAUGUAGCAAAACGACAACAACAAACAUACAAACAUACAACCAUACCAUUGGCGAGAAUUUGGCAUCUUACAAAAGUGUGCAAAAUUCCGCCACAAAUGAAUGUAAAACGCGUUAUUCUAAAAUGAAAAAAAAAAAAAUAAUUAAAAAAAGUGAAAUGAAAGAGGAAAAAACAAAAUCAAGUUAAAAUACAAAUUAAGCGCCGUAGUAUUUUUCUAAGAUUUAUAUAUUUAAAAAAGAACAUACAAAAGAAUAGAAGAAAAAACACUUUGAUCACAAAAAAGGUUCAUAUGACGGGAUAUGGAUUACAUGAGAGUGAACAACACACGUGUUAUUUGAAUGUGAAAACGUUUGAAUUUAAAGAAAAAACUAGAUUGAUAAAAAAUGGAAAAUUAAAUAAAAAAAAUGACAAAGCGACCAUAGUUGAGCUUGAGAAC